UAGUAAAUUGUCCCUCAUAGCGACCGGUAGUAGUGCGGUGUACACAUUUUGUAAGCAGCUGUGGUUUGAAUGAACCAGGAGUAACUUUGGUCUGAGCGUGGCUGUAGUUAAAAGUGGACUGGCCUUUCUGUAUCAAGUUAAUCAAAGCGAUUUUAUUAAACCCUAAGUGUAUGACCAUGUACAGAGGUUUUGUUGCUUGUUAGCUAGCAAUCCCAUGCAUGCGUCGUUAGUCUUUCUAGUCGUAGUUGUGUAGUAGCUAGCUAACUCUGCUAUCCUUGCUAGUGCUAAAAGAAAUCUAGCUAACGUUAUCCAGGUUCAGGUUGUCUAACCGUUAUUAUUAGCCUAUAUUAUCAGAUAUGUCUCAAGCACAAGACUCGAGGAAGCGCAGUAAGAAGCGUUAUGGCGGUGGACAGCGGAGUAAGAAAUACAGGGGCUCCCGGGAGCUUGAAGUUGGAAUGCAGGGCAUUUUAAUCACCUGUAACAUGAACGAGAGGAAAUGUACUGCGGAAGCAUUUAACCUGCUGAACGAAUAUGCUGACCAACUCUACGGACCUGAGAAUUUCAAGGAGCCAGAGGAGAGCGGCAGCGAGGAAGAUGAGGAUGAAGACGUGGAGGCGGCACUGAAGAAGGAGGUGAAGCAGCUCAAGGCGUCGUCAGGGAAACGGGAGCGUCGCUUUCUGGCCUUGGACAGCGGCGCAAACAACGUCAUCUUCAUCAAGACGAAGAACCUCGACCCUGAUAAACUGGUGCACCACAUCCUGUCAGACCUCCACCUCACCAAGAAGAAGAAGUCACGUGUCAUCCUCAGAAUGUUGCCGGUGAGUGGAACGUGCAAGGCGUUCCAGGAGGACAUGGAUAAGUACCUGAGUGUGUUCUUGGAGCCGUGGUUUAAAGUCCCCAAUCAUGGAACCUACCAGAUUGCCUUCAAAGCUCGCAACAGCUCGCACAACAAGAGGGAGGACAUCAUAAAGACCUUGGCAGGCCUGGUAGGGAAGAUGAAUCCUAAGAACAAGGUGGACCUGACCACACCCGAGCUCACCAUCAUCGUCGAGGUCAUCAAGAGCGUGUGCUGUGUCAGUGUUGUUAGGGACUACAUGCUUUACAGGAAGUACAACCUGCAGGAGGUUGUCAAGGAAGAGGGCCUUAAGGAUGGGAAACAGGAAGAGGUGGCCAAAGAGGUGGGUCUUAAGGAUGGGAAACAGGAAGAGGUUGCCAAAGAGGUGGGUCUUAAGGAUGGGAAACAGGAAGAGGUUGCCAAAGAGGUGGGUCUUAAGGAUGGGAAACAGGAAGAGGUUGCCAAAGAGGUGGGUCUUAAGGAUGGGAAACAGGAAGAAGUUGCCAAGCAGGAAGGACUUACAGAUGGGGAACUGGAAGAGAUCAUCAAGAAGGACAGCCUUAUGGAUGGGAAACAGGAAGAGGUUGCCAAGCAGGAAGGACUUACAGAUGGAAAACAGGAAGUGAUCAUCAAGAAGGACAGCCUUAUGGAUGGGAGACGGGAAGAGGUUGCCAAGAAGGACAGUCUCACGGAUGGGCUACAGGAAGUGGUCCCCACAGCCCUGGAAGAUAAGGAUAUAAAACAAGAAGAAAGAAAGGAUGCUCUUAAAACAGAUGGGGAGGGAGAUGCAUAGAAAAGGGGAGAGAAAGGGGCUGUACCAGAAGAACAGGAGGAGACGAGAAGAAAAAGGAGGGAAAGGGGACUGGUAAUAAACUGGCAACGCAGUGCAGAUUGUGCUGUCAGUGUGUUUAAAGUAGAGCAGGGCAUUUUCAUAUACAUGUUUCCUAUGUAGUGCACAACCUUUUGACAUGAGUCCUUUUAAAAUGAGUGUACUACCAAGGGAAUAGUGGGCAGUUGGGUACGUACACAGAGUGGGGGGGUGUAAUUCUUUGGAGGGUUGGGCUGAAUUCCGUUUAAAUGCCAGUCACUUUAGAAAGUACAAGCAAAUUCCAGUUCUCUUCUAUGCUUUUUAAUGAGAGAAAUGUUGAAUCUGUAUUUUUGUUGUUUGUUAUUGGUAAGGGAUUUGACCUAAAACCAGAGUGACGCAUUCUUUGUCCUCCAUUUUGUGUCGACUCCAGUGUGUCCUCGACAUCACACUCAUACAGACCUUGUUAAUAGCUGAUGGUCAAAUUUAAAGUAAUUUGUUUUAAGUAAAGCUUUACAAAGAUUGAAUGCAUUUUUCUCUUUUAAACCCAUAAGUUUUUUUUUUUUUCUUCACAUGGCCUCUUUUCAUAUUCAGUGAUGAGAUCUGAGUAGUAGCCUUCUGAUAUAGCGCUGGUUAUGACAUUUUGCUAUCCCUGCGUAUCUCCUUGAAAAGGCUUCCUUGUGUAUCAAACGUCUCCGGACAGGAGGGGUGAACAACAGUCAGAUCACCCCAGAUCCACAGUCAGUCACAUCUGUCGUGGGUUAGGUGUCAUUUUUCGUUGGAUGUCGUCCUGUCUGGUGUGGGAUUGGGUGAAGUAUAUUGUGUGUUCGCUCCUACCGACAUACCGUUAUGGCCUCCUAAUCUUUCUCAGCCUCCAGUUGUCUUUUUUACAAUUUUCCCAUAACUGUUUAACAAGUCUUUGCUGUGAACGAACAUUUUUCCCUUAAAAGUCCCCGGAAUUAUCAAGGUUCAAGGGUGUCUGUUACUUUCCUGAUUUUCAAUCAUUUUAUUAAAUGUUGAAAUAAAAACUGGUGUGUAACUGCC